AUGUACCUAGCCAACAAUACCCGGCCAGAUAUUUGUUUCGCAGUAAGUUUAUUGGCGAGAUUCAGCUCAUGUCCAACAAGAAGACAUUGGAAAGGUGUUAAGCAUAUAUUCAGAUAUCUUCAAGGAACAAUUGAUAUGGGAUUGUUGUAUUCUAAUGCAUCCAAGUCAGAAUUGAUCGGUUAUGCAGAUGCUGGCUAUUUGUCUGAUCCACAUAAAGCUCGAUCUCAGACAGGCUAUUUAUUCACAUAUGGAGGUACAGCUAUAUCAUGGCGUUCGAUGAAGCAAAUAAUAGUUGCUACUUCUUCAAAUCAUGCAGAGAUAAUAGCCAUUCAUGAAGCCAGUCGAGAGUGUAUAUGGUUGAGAUCAAUGACUCAACACAUUUUGCAAUUAUGCGGUCUUUCUGUGCAAACAAAGACUCCAACAAUAUUGUACGAAGAUAAUAUUUGUUCGAGUGAUAAUCUUGCAAAUUUAUUCACUAAGGCAUUGCCAACGUCAACAUUUGAGAAGCUAAGAUAUAAGAUUGGAAUGUGUCGUCUCCAAGAUAUCAAAUAA